AUUACACAUUUUGUACAUGCUUGUCAACACGCGCUUUGGCAUGCAAUCAUGACCAGGCCACCCCAUGCCGAGCGCCGCUGUCACCAACGAACAGGUAGCAAUGAGUGUCUCCACGGUAGCGCACUGGUGUGGUACAGGUGUGCGCCAACUCUCGGUUGUAUCUCAGUCAGGAAAGCAGUGUCCGGUUCCUGUCACUAUGGCUCUAGAUUACAGAAAGGCUAUUUAUCGCCCCAACAGACCAGACACGCGGCUGAAAACCUCGUAUGGCGCCAUGUCGGAGUGGCUAAGAUACGGCAAAGGUCGCCAUCGCAGCUCGAUGCUCCAAGCCAGCCUUCUGCCGAGGAGAAACUGUACUGACUACACCAUUCGGGGCUCACGGAGGAGUAGUCAUCAGCAACACCAGACUCUGGGUGCUAACGGGUUCCUGGGUGCUGACAUGCAGUCCGCAGCUCGCGCAGCCGCACUCGACGAGAAUGUCCCCGUGCACGCACGCUACGCCAGCGGUUGUGGCUACGACGACUUCUACAACUCCUUCUUGGCAGUCAAGCGCCAUGGGCCAGCAGAAGAUUUCCCCGUCUUCGGGCCACCCAGAUUACGUCAUGGGCGAGCAGGUGGCAGUUGGCGCCACGUCAAGGAAGUCUUGCAAGCAGGAGGCAAACGUAUCGUCUUUGUUGACGGACAAAUAUCGGCCAAUGAUGUACUUAAACUCGACCAUGUGCCCGGCGGUCAUCUGAUCUUGCCCUCCCACACCGGCCACAGUACAAGUGACGACCACGUACCCCUGCUCGAUUCCUUUAGGUCCGUCAUACUGCCUCCGCCCUCUGUACCACAAGCCAAUUACAGGCCAGUCACUGUUCAGAAAGGGUUGGAAAAAGACAACUGGGCGAUAAUACGCUAAAAGCCAUGGAGGAAAUUUCUUACGGUCUAAUACUUUUGAAAGCUGCUGGCUCAUGAUCUUGUUUGUACUUUUUCCUAAAAGCCUGCGCUCAAGUAUUACAUAAUUGCUUUCUGAAAUCAAGAACAUACUAUACUGUUGACUGUAGUCAUCAUGAGGCCUUUAAUGAGUGCUUAUUAACUGAACAGUGGUCAGGAUUAUUUAGUAAAUAACUCAGAUCCAAUGGGUUAAUAUAUUUUGCUUGUGCCAACUUUUAAGCUUGCUUUUUCUGGAGUCCUCUGUGACCCAUUUAACAAAAUUUUCCUAAUCCAAUAUCUCAUGUCUAGGGUUUAAAAAAGACCUCAGGGCACUUACAUGUUAAGCCUCUAUUGACAAUAAUUGAGACGCAAAAAAUCCACGGUACAGUUAGUGAUUUUU